AUGUCAAUUAGCGAUCGAUCACCGAAAAGUGAAAUGAGCUCAUGUUCGAUUCUUACAAAUGUGGAUAAGUGUAUUGAAGUGGAUACUAAGACAUAUGCUCCAGAAACCCUUCGAAAGAAAGAGGAAGAAGAACGGGAGGCACUGAGAAGGGCACGACGAGAUGAAUCCACUUUGAAUAUUGGUCCAGUUGCAAACAAGGUACCCAAAGCGGAAAGCCCACGAGCGAUGAGUGUUUACAUUAUGCAUCUAGAAAUGUUUAAGAAUUUUACCCCAACGGUAGCACCUGAUGAAGUAUCAGUCGAUCCGGACUAUUUUGGAACAUCAAGUCCAUCCACAUCAACAGCCAUGCCGGUUGCGUCACCAUCUUCGUCAUCUAGCACAGUCGAAAUUACGCAAUCAACGAGAAGUGUUAGAAGUGUUAGAGAUUCAGAUACCGAAACUGCGGAAAUCAACAAUCGCGAGGUACACCGUUAA